AGACAAGAGGCUGGUGUCCUUGUUCCACGGCUUCUCGACGUGGAGAUUGUCCAUCUUAUAACCUGUCCUGGCCGGCCUGCAGUCCCGCCCGUUCAGCAGACACACGGCCACGGAGUCGCCAUCCCGGCCCACGCGCCAUGUACAUGCAGGCAAGGCAAACUCGACGGGAUGGCCAUCCUUGAAGCGACCUGCACGGCCCAAAUUGGUGAGACCUGGAGAUGGAUUUAGAAGUGCCGGGGUCUGCUUUUACAGAUGGCGCCUUGCCCAGAGCGGAAGCGGUUAAAAAUGCUUGUGUCCGUAAGCGCCCCUGAUACGCUCAGCCUCGCGAUCGGAGCCAUGGGUUGCGCCAGCGAUUCGAUGCGCCGCCUGGCCUUUUGCCAACCGUCAACUGAGCCGCAUGUCUGCAGCGCUUUCGUGGAAACGCUCUAUUCGCACAAGAGGCCACGCGAGCGUUGGAUCCAACAAUGCUCUACGUACCCUCUGCGCACGCAUCCCACGACGGUUGCCCUCCAUCGUACGAUGCGCACCGCAGCUGUCAGCUCUAGGGCUGUCCUAGUUUCACCAUGGCCCUCCAAACGGGCACUGAAAAUCUCAAACGGCUUGUCAGGUACCCGCAGAAAAGAGGUUGGAGUUGCUGGACGGCAGAAACAGAGGGGGUCGGAACGUGGCCCAGGCGUCAUUCACCCGUUCGUGGGGAGGUUGGCGGUCCGUGCUCUGCAUGCCAACAACGCCAACCACCACGCUAGCAAAUUUGCCCAAGAAGGUCCGAAUUAGCCGGCAAAUGGCCUGAGUCUGGCUGCAGCACUACCCUAAUGCCCCGCUUCGGGCAAUAAUGUGGGCUAAUUAGCGUUCUUCCCGAUAUUGCCGGAUGUUGCGGCGAGCCCUCACCUCAUGGCUGUAAGCGUUAGACGCAUUCCUUCGCGCUUCGCGGCCAGUGAGGAGGCCUCGCCUCGGAGCGAAGGGCAGGAUUGGGAAGACAGACGAGCCGUUGCUUACGCGAGAGUUGUCGUGUCUUCCCGGAUUCUGGCAGAGGUAUA